AUGUUAGACAAAGAGGUGGAGUCUCUCAAAGACGUGCCUCUGGCUUUUAUAAGAAAACUACUGAUGAUCAAUACCAAGUGCCGGAAUCACACAUCUGUAGACUCUGGUAAAACACAAAACAGUGGCAAUGAUGAUGAGGAGGAGGAGAAGGAGGAAGAAGAAGUCAAUCCCUUGGAUCUGGUUACUGCGCUCUACCUUUGUGCUGACAGCUUUUUGCAGCAAGAGAUGUCCCUUAAGAUGUCAAUGUGUCAGUUUGCUGUCCCUUUUCUUAUACCACAAUCUGACAACAGUCAGUGCACACUCAUGCUAUGGGCUCUUAGGAAUAUUUACAAAGAGUGGAGACCUCAUGACCUAAUACAAACAAAAAACUAUGUUGAAGACAGUGUUGUCCAUGCACAGAUACCUCUCCUCUCCUUUGUCAGUCUGAAAGACUGCAGCUUCUCCAAAUCCCAACUUCUCAAUCAAGUCCUGAGUAAUGCACAACAAAGUAUACCAUAUUUCACACACAGAGAACUGAGAGGUGGAAGUGUCCCAAAGAAGAUCGCAAAUGGCCUGGUGGAGAUGACCUGGUCUCUUCCAUGUGGACAGAGCAACAUUGAUGUUUUUCCAAAACCUGUAGCAAUAGCUAAUAUGAGAGGAGAUAUAAUCUCCAACAAAACACAAUUCAAUUUCCUUAUGCAGGUUUCUGCUGCAGUUUUUGUGUGCCUGGACACCAUGACCCAAGAGGAAGAGAAGUUGCUGGAUUUACUGGGUCCUCAGAAGUCCAAGCUCUUCUUGGUGAUAAAUAAGAGUUCUAAUAAGGAGUCUGUUGCUGAGUCGCUGAAGCUGAAGAAAACCCAUAUAAUAAAAUGGAAACAGAAUGCCAACAUGGCAAAGUUCUGCGAUCAAAUCACUGAGUUGGCUCAGCAGAUCUUGGACACCUUAGGCAUUGAGCACUUCAUGAGAGAAAUUGGACAGAUCUAUGAAUCAAAGCAAUCAGAUGACACAAGACACCUCCCCUCAGUUGCUGCUGAGCUUUUGCUUGAUGGAUACCCCAUGGAGCUUCUGAAUGGAGAUGCAUCCAUCAUCCCAGAGAAGUGGGUGACUGAUGCUCUUAUGGAGGUACACAGAAGAGUAGGGAGCUCUCGACUCUUGGUUGUGUCUGUAUUAGGUGUGCAGAGCACAGGGAAAUCUACUCUGCUCAACACCAUGUUUGGUGUCCAGCUCCCUGUGAGCAGUGGCCGCUGUACUCGUGGAGCCUACAUGCUCUUUCUCUCUGUUGAACAGGAACUCAGAGAGGCGCUGAAUUGUGACUUUGUUCUACUCAUUGACACAGAAGGUCUUAAGGCUCCUGAACUUACCAUGCUUGAAGACAGCUUUGAGCAUGACAAUCAACUUGCAACACUUGUAAUAGGCCUCAGUGAUGUGACCAUCAUAAAUAUUGCCAUGGAGAAUUCAACAGACAUGAAGGAUGUUCUGCAAAUAGCAGUUCAUGCAUUUCUACGGAUGAAGCAACUUGGAAAGAGACCAAUCUGUCAUUUUGUGCACCAAAAUGUUUCGGGUGUAUCUGCACACAGCAAACUGACGACAGAACGAAAGCACCUGAUGGAACAGUUAGAUGAAAUGACACAGAUUGCAGUGGCCAUGGAGAACCAGUCUGAAGUGAUUAAGUUCACCGACAUCUUGGAUUAUAAUGUGGACGGGAACAACUGGUACAUACCAGGCCUGUGGCAUGGGACUCCCCCAAUGGCACCUGUCAAUUCAGGAUACAGUGAAGCUGUACAUGAGCUCAAAAUGAAUGUAAUUAAACAAAACCACACAGAAAAUAUGUGUGAAAUUCCAGAUUUUCUGAAAUGGAUGAGUAGUCUGUGGAAAUCUGUGAAACACGAGAUCUUCAGCUUCAGAAACUCUCUUGUUGCCAAUGCCUAUGACAGCCUUUGCAAAGAGUUCUCAGAAUGGGAAUGGUCGUUCAGGAAGUGUAUCUACUCAUGGCUGAACGACGCUGAAACACAAAUAUCUAACACUGACACCAACAAAGUACAAAGUCUCUCUGAAGUUUUGGAAUUGGAUGCCUUCAAAAUCAUUGAAGAUCAGACAACUGUGAUGAACAAGAAAUUGGAAGAGUAUUACAAGCGGAAAGACAGCCAUGUGAAGUUAGUGGAAAGGUACAGGUCUGAGUAG